AUGUUGUCAGAUGCGCAGAACAAACGCCUACUGGAUCAGACCUUUUCAAAAAGUCUUCACUCAAUUCUCUAUAAAAAUUCUAAGGAAGAUUUCGUGAAGGUUGAAGAUUCCAGUCACUGGCUAGCCAGAGGCAAUAAUUCUCCACGGUCAGAAGGCUUGUUCUGUCUUCUACAGGAUAGAAAUUUAUUCUUCGCAGACCACAAUUUAAUGUGUCCACACUGUAUGAAAUGGAAGAAGACUGUCGACCACUGUGCUACCAGAUGUGAAAAGAUGCUGCAUGGGGACUAUGUUAGAAGGCAUAAUGAAGUAGUUAGGUGUAUUCAUUUUCAUUUAUGUCGAGAAUUCGGACUCAAGAAUGAGAAGAAGCUGAAAACUCACUCUGUACAAACUGUGUCUGUUAAUGAGUUUGUCGAAAUCAAAGUGGACACCUUCAUUAAAACAGACAUAAUACUAGAACAUAACAAACCCGAUUUGUUUAUCUUUGACAAGAAGAACAACCGGAUAUUCCUGAUUGAGGUUGGGAUAACAUCUGCCCCAAACUUACAACAAGUGGAGGUAGAAAAACUUAGAAAGUAUGACCUUCUAUCAAAGGAAUUGGAGUUGAUAUAUCAUGCCAAUGUGAAAAUAGUACCGAUUGUAUUAACUUGGGACGGACUUGUCACUUCAAAUUCCAACAGUAUGCACAAUCGUUGA